AUGGGACUCGUGUACCGUCCGUUGUUUCGGCUCCCGCUCCGUACGUUAAAUCGGUACACCAUCAUCCUGCUUUAUUGGUUUCACUCGAAUGUCACUAGACUUGCUCCUGUCGCAAAAUUAGCACCCUUCUAUCUUGACUUCAAGAACGCCGACUUUGACGAGAUUUCUCGUACCCUGGUUUCCAUCGAUUGGGAAUCUGAGCUCGACUUAUCUAAUCCCAACGCUGCGGCCGAAACCUUCUCGCACAUCUUGAGUUACGUUAUCGAUCGUCACGUGCCAAAACAUACUACUGAAAAGAAUAUACGGACUCCUUGGUUCACGACUGAACUACGACGACUAAAGAAGGCGAAGAGAUGUGCCCUUAGAAGUUUUAACAAAUCAAGAUCCUCCUAUACUAAGGACAUUUAUCGUAGACUAAAUUCUGUUUACAAAAAAGUCAGCAAACGUUGUCACCAAAACUAUCUAGCUCGAGUUCAGCGUGAUCUCAAGUCCAGACCUAAAUCGUUCUGGAAACGUGUUAAAAGUCAGCGGAACGAACCUGGUCUGCCAAACCAAAUGUUUCUGGAUGACAAUAAGGCGAACUCUGAUCGUGGAAUCUGUGAUCUCUUUGACGAAAAAUUCUCGUCUAUCUAUAAUACAGCAUCGACAUCCCCUGAACAUCUGGAUAGUGCAGUCAGGAAUAUUGCGCCACUGGGCUUCUCUAUAAACAACAUUGUGGUUGAGGAUGCAGUCAUCUCAAAAGCAGCAGCUAAGCUCAAAAAUUCUUUCUCUACGGGUCCGGACGGAAUACCUGCUACUUUUAUCAAACGUUUCAUGCCUGUUUUGCUGACUUCUGUUAAAUAG